GUGCGGUGGCUCGGUACAGGUCGCUCUCGCCGGGCUUUCGACACAUCAAGUAAACUAUAUACACCACAGCGGUGUCCUGUAACCUAAGACUGCCUAGGGAUUGGCAAUUGUCGAAGCAGAGGUCAACCAAGUCUCAAACAAAGACAAGAAGCUGAGUCGGGUUCUUCCAAUUAAGCGGUUAACGAGGCAGCACUCUGAUCAUGGAACAGAACGAGAAAUAAGGUCCUAACGCCACGGCGAUUAGUAGAUGCGGCCAUGCGGGACCUCUGGCGCCGUUGGGGCCCUAUUUACACGGGCAGGGCUGUGCUGCCCUCGCUGUGAACGAGACGGGAGGCAGUUUUUUAUCAUCCACACGCAUAUUCGUGCAUGUUGUGCAUUGGCGCUUGGCAAGGCAGAAAGGCAACUUGAAGGGAGCCAGGGAGCCUACCACAUUGCCAGCCGCCAAUGCAACGAGUACCAGAAUUUGGUUAGUUUCGGUAGUCGGAAGAGGGGUAGCUGCAUCCAGUCGGCCUUCGAAGAAGAAGUCGGUCACCAUGCAAUGCAAGAAUGUGAUGGAAUUUUGACUGGUUGGAAGUUGAGCAGGCUGAGGGUUCAAGUUCUUGUGCCAGCCCGAACCACAUGGGAAUUCAGGCACUGUCACCGGAAAACGCCAGGAGAAGGCGGGUCCUGUAGUUUUUGAUAGCACCCAGCCUGCCCAGCGCGCAGCAAAUCGACUCAACUGCAACUGAGCCCCGAACUCUCCU